UAUGAUUACGACGCAGAACAAUGUAGUGGAGACAACGCAGUCGGAUGCAUGUCGACUGAUUGACCUGAGUACUUUAUAAUUGCAUCGUGAGAGUCGUGAAUCUUCCCGCGUGAACAAUUUUCACGGAAAAGAGGAAUUUGUGCUCAACGUAUUUAACAAUAUCAAGAUGACGCAUAGAAGAAAAAAUAGAUCUACCAGGAAGAAGCAUAGUGAUCAGCCACCCAAAGUGUCAUCUCCUGUGGCUGAUAUGGAGACUCCUUUACAGACAGCGCAGAAAUAUAAGAAUGCAGGAAAUGUACGUUUCCAAAUGGGAAAAUAUAAUGAAGCUAUUGCUCAAUAUAAUAAAGCAAUCAACGUUUGUCCAAAGGAGAACGUGGAUGAUCUCGCAAUUUUUUAUCAGAACAGAGCGGCUGCGUAUGAGGAAUUGAAAAAAUACAGUUCUGUAAAAGCAGAUUGUACAAAAGCGUUAGAAUUGAAUCCAAAAUACACGAAAGCUCUGCUACGUCGGGCACGUAUUUUGGAGCAAUUAGGGGAUUUUGAAGCCGCUUUGAAGGAUAUUGCUAUUGCCUGCAUUCACGAAAACUUUUCUGAUCAAAUUUCCCUUUUAAAGGCAGAAAUAAUCUUGGCAAAGCUUGUGAACCAAGUCCAGGAAACCACGCAAAAUUUUUUUUUUCUAACUACUCAUGAAAUCGAAAUGUAUUAUAUUGGCGCUUUCUCUAAAGAUCCAGUACUUUCUAGACUUGAACAUUCAGAAAACAUUCCAGAAUUUUUCAAGAAACCAUUGCAAGCGUUAAAAAACAAGGAAUACCAUAAUAUAAUACCGUUGUGCACAGAAGUCAUUGAAAGCCCCGGAUUUGAUAAAUUACCUUCGUCUAAACUAGAAGUGGUGUUAUUACGAGCUACGUUCAACUUAUUUCGGUGCAAUUAUUGUGAUGCUAUCAAUGAUUUUGAAAUUAUUUUAUCUAGUAAAGAUGCAUUUGAUGACAUAAGGGUAAACGCCUUGAUAAAAAGAGCAAAUCUACAUCGAGAAAUCGGGAUUCGACAUUUGACUUUUAAGGACUUUGAAUUAGCCAUUAUGAUAAAUCCAAGUUGUAGCGAUAUUUACUAUCAUAGAGGACAGGCGUAUUUGAACAUUCAAAGGCUAGACGAAGCUAAGCGCGAUUUUGAAAAGGCCGUUGAAUUGAAUCCAAACUUCAGCGCGGCACAUAUGCAGAAAUGGUAUGCAAAUUAUCAUUUUGCAGUAUUGAACGGAGAUUUAAGUUUAGCCAAAAUGACUGUGAGAGAUAUUGAGAAAGCUUUUGAUAAGUACUCAAAUCCUCCUGAAUGUGUAUGUUGUUAUGUUUUGUAUGGUCAGAUAAUGUCCGUAACUCAACAGUAUCAAAAGGCUGAUACUUAUUUUGUUAAAGCAAUAGAGAAAGAUCCGAAUUACGCAAUUGUUUAUAUGAGAAUGUGGAAGUGUAAUUUUAAUAACAUUGAGAAAUACUUGCACAAAGCAUUAACGUUGGAUACAUUGUCUAUUGAAGGCAAGACUUGGUGUAUUGUAAUGUUAAUAUUUGCGGAAAUAGAACGAGGAAACAUAAAAAAAGCGAUAAAAUUAUCCGAUAAGGCCUUAGCAUUCUGUCGUACAUUCAAGGAACUACUAUUCGUAUACAGUGUAGACCAUACAAAGAUAUUUAUUGAUAUAAACAAUCAAUUUGCACAUAUUAUUCGUUUCCUUCGGUCAUACUCUCGAUUCAUCGGUAUACAAAAUGCAGGGGAAUCCGACAAACAUAUUUCCAUUGACAGCGAUGGGCCAUCCAAAGUGCUUUCUCCCGCAGCCGAGUCGGAGACUCCUUCACAAAGAGCGCAAAAGUAUAAGAACGAAGGAAAUGUAUAUUUCAAAAUGGAAAAAUAUAAUGAAGCCAUUGCUAAAUAUAAUAAAGCAAUCGAUAUUUGUCCCAAGGAGAAUAAGGAUGAACUCGCGACUUUUUAUCAAAAUAGAGCGGCUGCGUAUGAGCAAUUGAAAAAAUAUGGUUCCGUAAAGGCAGAUUGUACAAAAGCGUUGGAACUAAAUCCAAAAUAUAUUAAAGCUUUGCUUCGUCGGGCACGUGUAUUGGAGCAAACAGGGGAUUUGGAAACAGCCUUGAAGGAUAUGACUACCGCGUGUAUUAACGAAGGGUUUUCUAAUCCUACUUCCCUUCUAAAGGCAGAAAUAAUCUUGAAUAAUCUUGUGGAACGAGACCAGGAAAACGCGACACAUAAAAAUUUUUUUAUGCUAACUACGCAUGCCAUCGAAAUAUAUUAUAUUAGAGCUUUCUCUAAAGAUCCAGUACUUUCUAGACUUGAACAUCCAGAAAACAUUCCAAAAUUUUUCAAGAAACCAUUGCAAGCGUUAAAAAACAAGGAAUACCAUAAUAUAAUACCGUUGUGCACAGAAGUCAUUGAAAGCCCCGGAUUUGAUAAAUUACCUUCGUCUAAACUAGAAGUGGUGUUAUUACGAGCUACGUUCAACUUAUUUCGGUGCAAUUAUUGUGAUGCUAUCAAUGAUUUUGAAAUUAUUUUAUCUAGUAAAGAUGCAUUUGAUGACAUAAGGGUAAACGCCUUGAUAAAAAGAGCAAAUCUACAUCGAGAAAUCGGGAUUCGACAUUUGACUUUUAAGGACUUUGAAUUAGCCAUUAUGAUAAAUCCAAGUUGUAGCGAUAUUUACUAUCAUAGAGGACAGGCGUAUUUGAACAUUCAAAGGCUAGACGAAGCUAAGCGCGAUUUUGAAAAGGCCGUUGAAUUGAAUCCAAACUUCAGCGCGGCACAUAUGCAGAAAUGGUAUGCAAAUUAUCAUUUUGCAGUAUUGAACAGAGAUUUAAGUUUAGCCGAAAUGACUGUAAGAGAUAUUAAGAAAGCUUUUGAUAAAUACUCAAAUCCUCCUGAAUGUGUAUGUUGUUAUGUUUUGUAUGGUCAGAUAAUGUUCAAAACUCAACAGUAUCAAAAGGGUGAUGCUUAUUUUGUUAAAGCAAUAGAGAAAGAUCCAGAUUACGCAAUUGUUUAUCUGUUAUUGUGGAACUGUAAUCUUGAUAACACUUUGGAAUACUUGAACAAAGUAUUAAAAUUGGAGACGUGCUCUAUUGAAGGCAAGCUUAGAUGUAUUGAAAUGUUAAGAACGAUCGAAAUACAACGAGGGAACAUAGAGGAAGCAAUAAAAUUAUCUGAUAAGGCUUUAAAAUUUUGUCGUACAUUGAAGGAACUGUUAUAUAUAUACGGCGUAAACGCUAUAAAGGUGCAUCUUAAUAUAAAGAAUCGAUUUGGAUAUAUUAUCCAUUUCCUUCGAUCAUAUUCUCGAGUCAUUGAUAUCCAGAAUGCGGAGGAAUCUUACAAACGUAUCCCCAGCAAUAGGCCAUCCAAAGUGCCUUCUCCCGCAGCCGAAUCAGAGACUCCUUUACAAAGAGCGCAAAAGUAUAAGAACGAAGGAAAUAUAUAUUUCAAAACGGAAAAAUAUAAUGAAGCCAUUGCUCAAUAUACUAAAGCAAUCGACAUUUGUCCCAAGGAGAAUAAGGAUGAACUCGCGACUUUUUAUCAAAAUAGAGCGGCUGCGUAUGAGCAAUUGAAAAAAUAUGGUUCCGUAAAGGCAGAUUGUACAAAAGCGUUGGAACUAAAUCCAAAAUAUAUUAAAGCUUUGCUUCGUCGGGCACGUGUAUUGGAGCAAACAGGGGAUUUGGAAGCAGCCUUGAAGGAUAUGAUUACCGCGUGUAUUUACGAAGAGUUUUCUCAUCCUAUUUCCCUUGUAAAGGCAGAAAUAAUCUUAAAAAAACUUGCGAAACAACAUGCUUAUGAAAAUUGGGCAAAUAAAAAGUUACUUAUGCCAAAUAAGUUUUACAUCGAAUUUUAUAUUCUAUCUUUUUCUAAAGAUCCAGUGUUUUCUAAACUUUGUUGUCCAGAAAAUGUUCCCGAAUUUUUCAAGAAGCCAUUACAAGCGUUAAAAGAUAUGAAAUACGAUGAGGUAAUACCGCUGUGUACGGAAAUUAUUGAAAGUCCGAAAUUUAAUACAUUACCUUCAACUAAACUAGAAGUGUUAUUAUUACGAGCUACGUUUUACUCACUUUUGGGUAAAUACGAUUCUGCAGUCCAAGACUUAGAAUGUAUACUGAACAUCGAAUAUGCAUCUGAUGAUGUAAAGAUAAACGCUUUGUUAAAAACGGCGGAGUUAAAUCUAAAGUUCGAGGAUCUAGACAUGGCCUUCAUGAAUUUUGAAUUGGCCAUUAGUAUAAAUCCGCAUUAUAGCGAUAUUUACUGUCACAGAGGAUGGGUAUAUGUACGCAUAGGCGAACUAAAGAAAGCUAAGCACGAUUUUGAAAAGGCUCUUGAAUAUAAUCCAAACUUUAGCAUGGCAUGCAUAAGAAAAUGCUAUACGGAUUAUCGUAUUGCGAUGUUAAAUGAAGAUGUAAGAUUAGUCGAAACAGCUGUGAGAGCUUUCGAGAAAGUUUUAAAAAAAUAUACAAAUUUUCCUGAAUGUGCAUUUUGUUAUCAUUAUUAUCGUAAGAUGAUGUCCGAAACUCAACAGUACCAAAAAGCUCAUGUUUAUUUUACUAAAAUAAUAAAGAAACAUCCGGACGACACAUCUAUGUCUUUUGUUUAUUUGCAAAGAGCCCUUUUGCAAUUAGAUUGGGACAAUGAUUUUGAUAAAGCUAUGAAAUAUCUUUACAAAGCAAUAGAAUUGGAUGAAAAAUUGAGUUCUGCAUAUAAAGUGUUAGGAACCGUUGAAAUAGAAAGGGGAAACAUAGAAGAAGCAAUAAGAUUAUUUGACAAAGCUUUAGUAUACUGUUUUAUAUUUGAGGAACUGGUAAACCUAUACUACUUAAGAGACACAGCAAAAGUAAAACUUGAUGUCAAGAAUCAAUUCGCCGACAAGUAUUUCGAUCGUCAUUUUGGUUCGCGGAUAUAUGUGUUGCGAAGUACGGAAGAAUCCAUCAAGGGUUCAGUUACGAUUAUAUGUUAAGAUAUCACUCUUGAACACGAUAUGUAUACAUACUAUAUGUAUGCAUGAGUGUGUCGCGCGCGCACAUAUACAACAAACAAAAAGUGCCCUAAAGAUUGAGUAAGAAGGAAGAGGGCGGGAAGAGAGAGAGGGAGG